AUGGGUAAACCAGUGGGACUGCAGGGGGUGCAGGUGACGGUGUGCUCCCAGUUGGGUGCGCCAAGCAACAGGGGUGUCUUUCAGGACGGAGAUGUGAUUAUCGGUGGACUCUUUAGUUUGCAUUACAUACCUUCAGCUGUAGAACAGGACUACACCAGACUGCCACAUUAUGAACCUUGUAGCGGUUUAGAUUUACAAGCACUAAAAUAUAUGUAUGCUAUGGCAUUUGCCGUGGAGGAAAUAAAUCAAAACAGUGCUCUGCUACCAGGAAUAAAACUAGGUUAUCAUAUACUUGAUAGCUGCGGCCGAUACCCCUGGGCUCUGCAAAGUGCUCUCUCACUGGUUGGAGGAGACAAUUUAUUUAUCCAAUCAUCAGGCGUUCAGCCUGUUCCUUUACUCAUUGGAGGUCACGCAUCUACAACAGGAGUGAUACUGUCUAGGAUCCUAGGGCCUCUCUCUGUACCAGUUAUCAGCUAUUUGGCUAGCUGCCCCUGUCUUAGUGACAGGUCGAACUUUCCUAACUUCUUCAGAACAAUCCCCAGUGAUAUCUACCAAGCUCGGACCAUGGCACAACUGGCCAUACGCCUCAACUGGACUUGGAUUGGAGCUGUGCUUGCGAACAAUGAUUAUGGUCAAAAGGCAAUACAGGUAUUUCAGGAAGAGAUUAAGGGGAAAAGGGUGUGUUUAGAAUUCAUUGAGACUGUUCACAGAGAAACUAUUGUGAGUGAUGCCAGACGGGUGGCGCUUACGAUCCAGUCUUCAACUGCAACUGUGAUUCUGAUCUUUUGCUGGUAUACAGAUGUACAGAAAAUAUUUGUGGAACUUGCCAAGAGAAAUGUGACUGGCAGACAGUUUCUGGCCAGUGAGGCCUGGAGUACCAGUGACGAUCUUCUUCAAGAUAUUACAAUCUCUAAGGUGGCAAGUGGGGUUCUUGGUGUUGCCAUUCGGAGUUCAACAAUACCUGGAUUUGAAAAUUAUCUAAAAAAGUUGAGCCCAUCUCAUCAUCCUGAUGAUGAAUUUCUGAGAGAAUUUUCGGAAAAGGAGUUUAGAUGCACUUCUAUACCACCCUGCAGUGGGACAGAGUCCAUAAAUGAAGUGCAGCAUUUCUUUAGCGACAUCACCCAGCUAAGAGUAGUGUAUAAUGUCUACCUUGCUGUUUAUGCUGCAGCCCACGCCCUUCACAGCCUACUCUCCUGCCCCAGUGGAAAAAUCCCUCCUCAAAACAACAUCUCUUCUUGUUCCUCUCCAAAACACAUCAGAACUGUAGAGCUAUUGCGACACUUAAACACAGUGAAUCUCACAACACCACAAGGAGAAGUGUUUUAUUUCCAAGGAGGUGACCCCCGAGCAAAGUAUGACCUUGUGAACUGGCAGAACACACCCAAGGGGACGCUAAAACUUGUUGUGGUCGGUCAUGUAGAUGGUUUUGACCUCCACCUUAAUGAGUCAGCUAUUCAGUGGAGCACAGGAUCAAAUCAGGUGCCUGAUUCAGUGUGCAGUAAAAGCUGUCGCCCAGGUACACGGAUGGCAGAUAGGAAAGGGGAACCUGUCUGCUGUUUUGACUGUAUCCCAUGUGCUGAAGGGAAGAUUAGCAAUAAAACUGAUUCACUUCAGUGUGAGCAGUGUCCGUCUGAGUUCUGGUCUAAUGCUGAAAGAAUUGCCUGCAUCCCUCGCCAGCUGGACUUUCUUUCCUUUAAUGAAACUUUGGGCAUUACUCUCACGACAGCAGCUGUGUCUGGUGUCAGUGUGACAACCGCUGUCUUUGUCGUGUUUCUAUUCUACCGUCAAACACCUAUGGUACGAGCCAACAAUUCAGAGCUGAGCUUCCUCCUUCUUCUGUCACUCAAGCUCUGCUUCCUGUGCUCGCUUGUGUUCAUUGGCCACCCGUCGGUCUGGUCCUGCCGGUUCCAGCAGGCUGCAUUUGGGAUCAGCUUUGUGCUUUGUGUUUCUUGCCUCCUGGUAAAAACCAUUGUGGUUCUGGCUGUUUUCCGCUCAGCUCGGCCUGGUGCUGAAACUUUAAUGAAGUGGUUUGGCCCAGGCCAACAGAGAGGAAGUGUCUGCUUCUUUACCUGUAUACAGGUUAUCAUCUGCGUUAUAUGGCUCUCUCUCAGUCCCCCUAGGCCUCAAAGUGAUUUUGGUUUUCAAGGGUCAAAGGUCACCUUGGAGUGCACCAUGGAGUCUGUCGUAGGCUUCUCCCUUGUCCUAGGCUACAUUGGCCUGCUGGCCUGUACCUGCCUCCUCUUGGCAUUUCUUGCUCGUAAACUUCCAGACAACUUCAAUGAGGCCAAACUCAUCACCUUCAGCAUGCUGAUUUUCUGCGCUGUUUGGGUGUCCUUUGUGCCUGCCUACAUUAGCUCUCCGGGGAAGUAUGUUGUUGCUGUGGAAGUUUUUGCAAUACUUGCCUCUAGCUAUGGUUUACUGCUUUGCAUUUUUGCCCCCAAAUGUUUCAUUAUUCUUUUGAGGCCUGAGAAGAACACAAAGAAACAUCUUAUGGCUCGAUAG